AAUUGAGUCAGUGAGCAGACAGAGCGCCAUACGGAAUUGAGUCAGUGAGCAGACAGCGCGCCAGUCUGUGUGGCUGGAGCGGCACUGCAGAGGAUAUACAUAGGCUGCGUGUUGUUUUUCCUUCCGCGCGCCAACACCCCGGGAGAAGCCACAACAAAUAGUCCAAACAAAUACAUUUUAGACAGUUAUUAUAGUAAUAUAAGGGCAUCACAAUUUUUUGCAUACGCAAGAAAGAUGAGUCACGAAUGAGGUCUGCAGGAUGUCGUUCAAGAAGGAGACUCCCCUUGCUAACGCCGUGUUUUGGGCAGCUCGUAAGGGGAACUUGGCCCUGCUUCAAUUACUGCUCAACAGUGGUCGUGUGGAUGCCGACUGCAGAGACAGUGUACGGACACUGCAUGCCCUGGUGGCUCAGCUGCACGCUUUACCCAUAAACCACCUGUGUUUGGCACCACAGCCCUGAUGGUGGCGUCCUACAGCGGCCACUAUGACUGUGCCAGGGAGCUGAUCAUGCAGGGAACUGACAUUAACCUGCAGAGAGAGACAGGCUCCACUGCCCUCUUCUUUGCUUCCCAGCAGGGACACAAUGAAGUAGUGAAGCUGCUCUUUGAAUUUGGUGGCUCAACUGAAUUCCAGACAAAGGACGGUGGCACAGCCCUCUCUGCAGCCUGCCAGUAUGGCCACUCUAAGGUGGUGGACACUCUGCUGAAGAACGGCGCCAAUGUCCAUGAUCAGCUGCAUGAUGGUGCCACUCCACUCUUCCUUGCUUCACAGGAGGGUCAUGUGACUGUCAUACGUCAACUUCUGUCAUCUGGAGCCAAAGUUAACCACCCUAGGGAAGUGAGGCCACACUCCCAUACAAUAAUAGAGGACCUCAAUAGAGGGACUGACAUCUUCAUCUCUUGUCUCACCCUCUUCCUCCUUUUAUUUUAUCUCCAUGUAACUUUUCUCCCCUUCUGUUCCUCCUCACUCCACUCCCUACCGUACCCCCCCCCCCCUCUCCAGGAUGGCACAGCCCCCCUGUGGAUGGCAGCCCAGAUGGGACACAGUGAAGUAGUGAAGGUUUUACUUCUGCGUGGUGCAGAUCGGGAUGCUGACAGAAAAGACGGGUCAACUGCACUAUUCAAGGCAGCUUUCAAAGGACACAACGCUGUCAUUGAGGAGCUCCUCAAGUUCUCCCCUUCAUUGGGCCUUCUCAAGAAUGGUUCCACAGCCCUCCACGCUGCUGUCAUGGGUGACAAUCAUAAAAGUGUAAACCUUCUGCUGGGGGCCAACGCAGACCCCACACUACCCAACAAGAACAAUGAACUGCCAGCAGAUCUUACAAAGAGCAAUCGCAUCCUGAGGGCUCUGCGACCGCACAUCUUAAAUGGAAGUAGUUGAUGACAACCCUAGUUGUCCAUGGUUAGACCAUGACCGCAAACCUUAGACUAUGGUUGUUUUAUGGAGAGAAAUGCACUGAGGGCUCCGAACAACAGAGAACAAACCAUCAGGAUUCAGUCACACAACAAUAAUAUUAAUAUGGUGCUUGUUUUCAAUUACAGCUUCAGACAAUGUUAUUUGGAGUAACCAUAACUGGAUAUAGCUAAAAGGAUGGUUAUAUAUGUAGCCUACUACAAAAAUGUAUCCGUUUGUGGCAAUAGUUAUUUUGCCAUGCGUGCCCUUACCUUUGAGGUGUUGUUAUAACUUUGCUGUAUAGUUUCUGUUUAUAAAACGUUUUAUCCCUGGUGCUGUAAUAUUUCUAAAUAUUUAGCCUUUUUUUUCUUCCAUAUUAAUAAAUGUAAACUGUAAAUGUGUUAAAUAAAAUAGGAAUGUGAAAUAACUGUCA